UUACAUGGCAGAGGGAAAAACGCGGUACAGAGCCAUAUGGACCAUGGCUCUCCAGCGUCAGCGGACUGAGCCCUCGUCUGUUUCAUCACUUCGGCUUGUCGUGCCAAUUGAUGGCCCGCCAUUUGAUGGGACCGGUGUCUAAUUUCAGGUUCCAGGGACGCAAUCGCUCAACCAUCGCUAGCCUCUUAUUGAGGCUUCGGACCAACGCUCGCGCUCUUUCUCUCGCCGCGUAGUCUUCGUGCUUCUCCUCCUACUCCCGGCCUUCCCGUAUUUGUGGAUGCUAUAAUUCUUGCUUUACACCGUUCUAAUCCAUGUGCGUCUCUCCGCCGACCUACCUCACGUGGGCGAUCCUCUCUACGCUGGUCAACGGGGGCUUUCCUCUUUUCCAUCUCUGGAAGUUCGAUCGGUUCAAAUGGAAUAAGGGACCUUAUUCGGGCGCGUUCAAGCGCGUCAUGACAUACACAUACCUCAUCACGAUACCCUUGCUCAUGGUGUAUUCAAUCGGAAUGACAAUCAUCUCGUACAAGAUGGGAUACAUCGACCUGCCAGGCUUCGGACUGAUGCCCCUCCCCGUCGAUCUCUGGCCCGAGCAAUACCACAGGUUUUUCUUCCCCUUGAACCUCGUCUUCUCGUUCGCUUGGGCAUUUGAGAUCACCACGCAUUUGGAAGAAUUGUGUUUCUGGCUGUUCCUCGUUCACUCGGGCUCAGUCCAGCAAGAUUGGUUCCGUAGCUUCUACUUCAAGGUCUGGUCCGUCGGCUCGAUCAUGGCCAUUGUAUAUAUGCCCGUCACCACGAUCGUCACUCGCUCAGACCCUAUCAAGACCAUUGCCGCUACCUUCCUUGCCGGUAGCCUCAGUGAUCUUAUCCUUAAUCUUAACAACAUCACGAAAUCGGAGGGUGUCGACAUUGGCACCAUCGUGCGCCUGACGACGUUCCACGAAUUGAAUUAUAUUCGCGUCCUUUUCCGGUUCCUCUUCACCGUCCCUCUCCUGAUCCUCGGCGUGGACGGCAUGACCGAGUCUAUGAAGGUCAACACGAGCAUGUUCGCGUCCGAGUUCCUCGCCUUCCUCGGAGGUAUUGGAUGUAUGGUCUCGGCGGGCAUGACUUUGGUGGUCUUCUUCCCGCGGUCCGUCACGACCGAGGUCAAAGCCAAAGAGGCCACGCGCGAGAAAUCCCUACACCACAACGCGUCCUUCCGGUCGAGCAUGCGCUCCGAAAAAGACUCGUACUACACGCCGACGACGCCGCCGCCCGUCGUAAAGGGCCUGUCCUUGGAGCUCUUGCGCGAGCCGAACUUCAUCAAGGCGUCGACGCUCGCGGACCCCGAGGCGCAGCUCAAGCCGGUGCCCUUCCAGGCGUUCGCGCCGAACCGCCGCCUCGACUCGGGCGCAACCGUCGAGGGCGGCGUGCGCAUCAUGGACCUCUCGGAGGGCAACAUCGCCCGCCACAACUUCCAGAGCACGAACGUGCACCCAUUCGUGCACAACUUCACGUCGCCCAUCGGAAUCGCAAGCUAUGCGCGGAGAUACGUUUCCUCAUAACUGCACUCGGUAUCGUGCGAUAGGGAAGGUAGAUGGGAUGCAUCCGGAGACCAUGUACUACGCAAUUCAGAAUUGGAUUCAUCAGUACAGUAUGCUUUCUCCCACCGCUCAUUGCGUGCUCGCGCUCCCCUG